AUGCGGCGGGGCGUGCUCCUGGCGGGCGCCCUGGCGGGAUACACCGCGUACCUGGUGCUGGGUGCGCUGCUGGUGGCGCGGCUGGAAGCGCCUCAUGAAGCUCAACUUCGAGCCGAGCUGGAGAAACUGCGAGAGCAGCUGCUGCGGAACAGCCCGUGCGUGCCCGCCCCAGCCCUGGACCACUUCGUGGAGCGGAUGCUGGCGGCCGGACGGCUGGGGCGCGCCGCGCUCACCAACACCUCGGACCAGUCCUGGGACUUCGCCUCGGCCCUCUUCUUUGCCAGCACGCUGGUCACCACCGUGGGCUACGGGUACACGACGCCGCUGACGGACUCCGGCAAGGCCUUCUCCAUCGCCUUCGCCAUCCUGGGCGUGCCGGUCACCAUGUUGCUGCUGACCGCCUCGGCCCAGCGCCUGUCGCUGCUGCUGACCCACGCGCCCCUGUCCUGGCUGAGUGUGCGCUGGGGCUGGGACCCCCGGCGGGCAGCCCUCUGGCACCUGAUAGUCAUGUUGGGGGUCGUAGGGACCGUCUGCUUCGUGGUGCCAGCUGCCAUCUUUGCCUACCUUGAGGAGGCCUGGACCUUCCUGGAUGCCUUCUACUUCUGCUUCAUCUCCCUGUCCACCAUCGGCCUGGGGGAUUACGUGCCUGGGGAGGCCCCUGGCCAGCCCUACCGGGCCCUCUACAAGCUGCUGGUCACAGUCUACCUCUUCCUGGGCCUGGUCGCCAUGGUGCUGGUGCUGCAGACUUUCCGCCACAUGUCCGACCUUCACGGCCUCACAGAGCUCAUCCUGCUGCCCCAUCCGCGCCCUGACAGCCCCGGCGAGCAUGAGGACGACCGGGUGGACAUUGUGGGCCCCCAGCUACAGCCGCACCAGCAGUUCACAGCCGGCUCCCACACCAACUAUGCCUCCAUCGCCAGGUAG